GAGUCUCGUAACGAGUAGUAUCUGUCCGCAGUCCUUGAGAGAAACCACUCGAUUUCACGGUGGAUUACUACUAUCAUCUAAGAUCCUAACUUCUGGAAUUGUAUUAUUUGGGAGAAUUUCGGUUUCUGGACACUAUUGCAAUUAACAAGGACAACAUGACCCUGGAGGAACUUGUUGGAUGCAACAGCACUGACAGAGAAAUGGAAACUGUGAGUGAAGCUCUUGAGGAGCUGCUUGUGGCUGCACAACGGCAAAACUGUCUAACAGUGGGAGUCUACGAGUCUGCACAGCUGAUGAAUGUGGACCCAGACAGCGUAGUCUUGUGCGUCCUCGCGACCGAUGAAGAGGACGAGAACGAUGUUGCGCUGCAGAUCCACUUCACGCUCAUUCAAGCCUUCUGCUGUGACAUCGACAUCAACAUUGUGCGCGUCUCCGGCAUGAGGCGUCUGGCGCAGGUUCUCGGUGAGCCGCUCACCACCGACAACAACGCCAACGAACCAAGAGACCUCCACUGCAUACUUGUAACUAACCCACAAGCAGAGCAUCGCAAGCUGAACGAGGUGGGCAGUUACUGCAAGGAAAGCCGUUGCAGAAACCAGUGGGUGCCCUCCAUUGCCCUGCAAGAACGCUGAGGAUUUUGUGCGCUAAAAUGUGUGCUACAAAGUUUGAGGAAAAUUGAUGUUCAACAGCCAUGAGGGCAUACACAUCAAUUCAAGAGGACUGAGUCCUUUCCGAAGCUUCCAUCUCCGUGUUUAUGGAAUUAUAAGCGUCGGAGGAUACUGGUGACAUUCGUCCGCGUUCCUUGUGCUGCAUGAUCGGCGUUAUUGGGCUUUGGAGGAACCGAAGGAACACCAGGGUGGUUGGUGGACUGUGUCACACAUCAAAAGGGACGUACUAGCAAGGAUGCUAGCCUUGGGGAUAUUUCCAGACUAAAACUGCGUAUGGGCGCACUUUGCCUCCCACGUGGGGGAGUGAAUGAACAAAACAUGACUCAGACCUGACAGUGUUGUCACAGGUCUGUGGAGGAGGAAGAACCUGAGACUGCUGUUUAAUGACUGAACUUGUGUUACCUGCACAAUUUUAUUUAUGCAUAACUCUAUCAUUAUCAUCAGAUAAUUUAUUUGGUUAUUUAUGAAUUUACAAAUGUUCACCUUUUCUUAUUAAAUAAAUGAUAUGUUUAAAGU